AUGAGUACUCUUAGUUGGAACUGUCGGGGGCUUGGGAACCACCGCAUAGUUCAGGCUCUGCGAAGUACCGUGGAGAAAGAAGUUCCCAUCUUAGUUUUCCUCAUGGAGACUAAGAUUCCAAGAAAACAACAACAUAAGAUGAAGGAAAUUCAGAAUUCCAUUGGCUUUACUCAAGGCUUGAUUGUUCCUAGUGAAGGUCAGAGUGGGGGUUUAGCCCUUCUUUGGAAACCUGAAACUUUUGUUAAUAUCAAGGGCUAUUCGAAGUGGUUUAUUGAUGCUGAGGUCAUCUGUGGUAAUGUGCAAGGGAGUUGGCGCUUCACAGGUUUUUAUGGUCAGCCAGAUACUAGUAAAAGGGAAGAAACUUGGCAAAUUCUGGAAUCAUUUGGUCACAGUAAUGUAUUACCUUGGCUUUGUAUUGGUGAUUAUAAUGAGAUCCUCAGGGCAAGAUAUACUUGGUCAAGACACUUUGAGAAUGGAGAUAGUGUGUGGGCUCGAUUGGAUCGUGCACUAGCAAAUGAGGAAUGGAUGAGGAAGUUUGCUAAUGCCAGAGUGGUCCAUAUAUCAACCAUAGAGUCUGAUCAUUGCAUGCUUUGCCUCCAGUGGGGUCAUGACACCAGGAACCGAAUGAACACAAGGAAGUUGUUUAGAUUUGAAGCCAUGUGGCUUCGUGAUCCUCGUUGUCCAGAGGUGGUUAGUGAUGCUUGGGAGCGUGGACUUUCACUCUCUUCGGGUUUUCCAAUUCACAAUUGCUUACAUUCUUGUAGGGAGGCUUUGAAACGGUGGAAUAAGCUUGAGUUUGGCCAUGUGGGGCGUCGUAUUUCAGCCUUACAAGCCCAUUUGCAACGGUUAGAGCAACAAUCCGAGCUUCAUGGUGAGGAUAUUUGA